CAAACAUAAUGUUGCUUUGGUUAAAUUUUACCGUUUAGUUUCGGUUUGCAUGUCUUGUUUUGGUAUAUCUCCGCUAGGGAAAAACGUCCAAACUGCUCCAGCCAAUGGGUGAACGUUUGUAGUAGGGAUUCCGAGAAACACGGCGACGGACGGCCUUUCACAUUUUGUGUUUGUUCGAUUGCUUGCUCUUGUCGUGAGUCACUCAAAAGUCUACUGUGAUGGGUUCGUGCUGUGUUACAUAGUAUACUGGACAGAUUAUUAACGACAACAACACGCAAUGAACAAGCUUGAGCAGACUCAUCUGAGCCUGUAAACUGAGCUAUUCCAGCUGAAGUAAUAGAGCGUCACAUGGCGACAGCUGACGGCAGUGGGACCUACAUGGCCCCCGUGCAAGAGCGGCCCUACGUGAUGAUCACCGAGCAGCCUGCAUCUCGAGCACUCAGAUUUCGUUACCAGUGCGAGGGGAGGUAUCCUGGUACGCUCGUCGGUGUCAGCAGCACAGCUGAAAACAAGACCUAUCCUACCAUCAAGGUGAUGAACUAUGUGGGCAAAGGAGCAGUCGUGGUGUCUUGCGUGACAAAGGACCAGCCCUACCGUGUGCACCCUCACAAUCUGGUAGGUAAAGAAGGAUGCAAGAAGGGCAUCUGCACGCAGUACCUGAGGCCGGACAUGACCUGCAGCUUCACGAGCCUCGGAAUCCAGUGCGUCAAGAGGAGGGACGUGGAACAGAACCUGCUGGACAGGGAGAACAUACGCGUGGACCCGUUUCAAAAUGGGUUCGAUCACAAGGACCAAGCAGGAAGCAUAGAUCUGAAUGCAGUGAGGCUCUGCUUCCAAGUCUUUCUCGAAGGUCCAACUCCAGGGAAGUACACGGUGCCACUGGCUCCAGUCGUCACCGAAGUCAUCUACGACCGAAAGGCCAUGUCUGAUCUGACGAUCACAAAGUUGAGCCAUACGUGUGCUCCUGUGUCAGGAGGGCAGGAAAUGAUACUACUCUGCGAUAAGGUGGCCAAAGAUGACGUAGAAGUGUGGUUUGAAGAGGACUGCGAGGGUCAGACCCAGUGGAAGGAUCGGGCCGAGAUCCUCCCCAAUGGAGUGCACAAGCAGGUGGCCAUCUGCUUCCGGACGCCACGUUACAAGGAUCCCUCCGUCGAGCAUCCCAUCGACGUGCACCUCCUGCUCCGGAGACCCUCAGACGGAGCCCUUAGCGAACCCAGGGCCUUCACGCUGCAUCCCAAGGACCGGGACCCAGAAGCCAUUGACCGCAAGAAGCGAAAAAUUAGUGAAGGCUACUUAGACAGGUACCUUCAAGAAAACCUUGCUCUUGGUGGACCAGUGGCCCCAGCUGCAAUAGCUGUCCCCAGGACCAUGCGCCAGGCCGUUAGGAUGCAGCCAAGGGCUGAAUCUGCACAAGCUCCGAUCCUGGAGGCCCCAUCCGCGAUGCAACAGUCCCCACUAGUAGCGCAGACGCUGACACCACUCCAGGCCGUACAACAGUCCCAGUUCCGGGGCCUUCCCACCAACAUGGCAUCUCCGUUCGAACCGGAUGCCGCGGAGGUCGUGGAGACAGCGGAGAAGCUCGACAGCCUCGACCUCGGCAUCGACCCCAACGACAUCGGCUUAACGUCGGGGGAGCUCAACAUGAACAUGUGCGAUCUGAGUUCCAAUAAUUUAUCCCUGGUCAACCUGUCUGCGAGCCUCUUUGACAGUGGGAACAACCUGCAAGAAAACAUGUUGGACGAUGGGGGAGCAGCCAACAGGAGCUUGCGCCGGCUUCAGAACGAGAUUGAUGCCCUCAACAACUUGAGUGGGGGACUGCGCCCCUUCAAAAACGAACCCUCUUAACGCUGGGAUCACGUGUAACAGGGAGGGUCACCUGAUCAACGCAUCAACAAUAUGCGCUAAGUAAUCUGCAUCUGUUCAUCGUUUGACACAUCAUCUCCGUCUUUCAUAUCUGUAUUCAAGGGGAAAGUGUGAUAUACUUGAUCUACAAUGGAGGCUUUGUAAGAUUACGGUUUUUGUACAUAGGUGAGUUGUUACAGCUUUUUUUUUUGUAUAAUUUCUUGAGUGCAAGAAACAUACUUUUUAAAUUUGUUUUUCCUGCAGUUAUGCAAAUGCCGUACUUAACUCGUGUAUUUUGUGAACGAGGUAAUAAGAGGAGGAACAAGUAAACUGUCGUGUUUCGCUUAGUUGGGCACCUCAGGAAUCAUCCCUUUUUGUCCGGAUAACUGAAUUCCGGAUAAGCGAGACAUGACUCUGUUAAGCGGAACGUUUAAUUUUUUUCAUCAAAGUUAGCUGUGCAUCGAACAGUGCCAGUAAUUACGUGAUCUACAAUGCGUGUAUCACAUGAUUUGCAUUUUUUUUUUUCUGCUUUUACUGUCACCAUCUGUCAUUUUAAGAUUAUUCUUGUUACAUAUACACAUACCAGGUUAUUGCUUCGUUACGUUUUACAUUUUGUACAUAUCCGAAAAGCAAAGGCUUCCCUUGGCAACAGUCUACUUACAUCGAUUCCACUCUUGAAUAAUGGCCAUGGGCUUUGGGCAGUAAUGUGUGUUAGCAAAAACAAAACAAAAAGGUCAUGGUAGAACAACCGGGAGUACCGUGGGAGGGAGAUUUUGAAUUUUUGAAGUACUAGCGAGAUAAGGGACUAUGGCGAUUCCUUUUGUGGAUACGUGAUGAAUUGGAAGUGUAUUAAAUGGUAGGUUGCCAAAAGGCCUUCUUUAUGAAGCGGUUGGGGGCUGUUAUUGUACUUCUCAUUGAAGUGAGAGCAUUGGUAGGAGGUGUAUUAGGGUCUAAAGGGGCCCCAGCAAUUUGCUCCUCAAGUACAUAUUGAUUUGUCUCCAUAAAAUCGGAUUUAUUGUUUGUAAGAAUGUACAGAGCAGGAAACAAUUGCAACAAGAUGUACACAUUGCGAUUACUGCAGGUCAGCUUUCGAUAUUCUUUGUUCUGGUCUGCAAUUUGCAUUUUAAAUAGAGAUGGGACGAAUCCAGAAUUAUCCGAAUCCGAAUUCAAAUCAAAGAAAGGUUCUGCGAAUCCACUAAUCUAAUUUAAAUAAAUAAAUAAACAAUUUAAAAAUCCAGGAGAAAAAGCACUUCUAUUGAAAAGUGUUGUGAAGCAGAGUUCGAUAUGUUUCAUCGAUAUCUUUGUUUAAUGAAACACAAAUUAAAUAAUAGUUCACAUUCAGGAGAAAACAUAGCCUUAUACUUCGUCUUAAAUAUAAUUUAUUUAGCAUGUUCAUCAACUAGAAAAAUUUCAUAAACUCUCGAGUUUCAAUUAUUUGCACAAAACUACGAAACGAUCAAAAGCGAAACUGUGUUACUUUUAAACUUUUAAUGAAAGAGUUCCUGCCUGAACUCUUUCAGUCCAGAGCUAUAUAAACGAGAAAACACAGCUGAAAGUUCUAAAUUAAUGCAGAUUCUUGUUCAAAAAUACCAGCAUUCUCACCCACUCAGGGUCUAUAGCCUACUGCGUCUUUGUUUUUUUCAUCAGCUAUGACACCUGAUGUGCUGAAGUGUCGCCGUAACAUAGAUAUCUUAAAAAUAAAACUUCCAACAUAAAGUUUUUAAAAUAUAAAUAAAUGAUUUAUAUAUCCGAGGCAUGAAAAUGAACUUCGGAUAAAUAAACUUCGCGAGAUCAACCCCUUCUGACUAUUACUGAUGAUGUGGGUGUGAUCAAGAACUUUUUAGGCCGAUCAGGCUUUUGGUGGACUCCUGAGGACUCCAUGACUUUUUUAAAUUUUAAAAAGAAACAAACAGACGUGCUUGGUGGAUUCGAAAGAUUCGAUUAGCUCGAAUCUGUAAUCCUUGCCUAUGAUUCAAGCAUUCACGGAUUUGGUAGGCCCAUCCCUGUUAUAAACAUCUCAUUUCUCAGUGCUGUCUGCAACGUUUUUUUUUUUUUUUUUUUUUUUGUGGGGGGGGGGGGUGGAAUGUGGGAGUGAAAAGUGGGCUUAUAUUUCACACUAAGAAAUGGAUCAGUAAAAAAUGAAGAAGAGAGCAAGAAAAUGACUCUGUUGUAAAGUUUUAACAUUGCUAUUUUAACAUGUUUUAUUUCUUUUCCGGCAUUCCCCAAAGCAUUAGAAGCGAUACAACCAGAAGGACAUGACACUAUUAUUACAGUGUACUCGAAAUACAGGGGUAUACCACGCUGUACUGGAAAUAAGCUUGUUUUGUAGCAAAUUGCUUUCCAAUUCGUCCAGGAUACUUUGCGAGCUGGGCUCAUGACAUUGCAGUGGUAUUGGCCAGCUUGCCCUGCUGCAGUGGCGACUAAUCUCGACCAUAUAAUAUCUUAUUUUUAUUUGAAACUAUUUUGCCAAUGUCUUCGUGAGACCCAUACAAAACAUUGUAUUCUUGUUUCCAUUCCCUAGACCAGAAACAGAAUUAUUUUGUGCGAUUACGCAGCAUUCGGGCAAAACUUAACGUGACAAGAAUUGGAAACUAAUUUUAUUUUUGCUCUGUCGUUUCCUUCUGACUGAGUUGCCACAAUUUCCUGAUGCCAUUAUCGUGCGAAAUGCCCAUAGUGAAGUAUUCUGUACCAGGUUUUAUCUGUGGGACCCAUCGAACCCGAGAACGUGAAACAUCUCACAGACAGCAUGUUUAUGCCAUCUGGCAAACCUGAGGCUUUCUGAACAGCAUUGUAGAAAAAAAAUCUAGUACAAAGGAGCAUGAAUUGAGAGAGAUUUUAUUACCUGUUACAUGUGCAUUAGAGGAUGCGUGUUGUAGUUAUGAAGUCAUGUUCACCGAUGUGUACUGUGAAGUUGUUCGCCCUGUCUUGGUUGUGGUAUCUGUACAGCGACAGACAGUCUGGUAUUCUGGUGGCUGGUAGUCGUAUAUACAGCUUCAUAUUGGUUUAUUUGACAAAAGUGUACAUAUAUAGUUUACAACUGGAAUAAAUUAUCAGAUGAAAUACA